GUGUACACAAGCACACAAGCUCACAGUUUCUGCUUCGCCAUGCCUUCAGAAAGCAGCUGGUGAUCACGGCGUAGGAUGGAGCCCACUAACUUACAGAAAGCCAUAGCGAUCGCUGCCAAAGCCUCCCAAGAGGACGAGGCUGGGAAUUACGAGGAGGCCAUCAAGUCCUACCAGCACGCUGUGAAGUAUUUCCUGCACAUCGUAAAGCGCGAGCCUCAGGGAAAAGAUGGAAACCAGAAGAUCCGAGAGAAGUGCUCUCAGUAUCUGGACCGAGUCGAGAAGCUGCAGGAAUAUCUAGAUGAGAAACAGAAAGCUAUAGAUCUCGCCAAUAAAGCGGCGCAGGAGGACAAGGCGCAGAACUACGAGGAGGCGCUGAAGCUGUACCAGAAUGCAGUUCAGUACUUCCUACACGUCGUUAAAUACGAAGCUCAGGGGGACAAAGCCAAACAGAGCAUCAGAGCCAAAUGCGCAGAGUACCUGGACCGAGCGGAGAAGCUAAAGGAGUACCUGAAGAAGAAGGAGAAGGCUCCAGCUAAACCUGUCAAGGAAUCGCAGUCGGAUGAAAAAGGAAACGACAGCGAUGAAGGAGACGAUCCAGAGAAGAAGAAAUUUCAGAACCAGCUUUCAGGCGCCAUCGUCAUGGAGAAACCGAACAUCCAGUGGAACGACGUUGCCGGACUCGAAGGAGCCAAAGAGGCUUUGAAGGAAGCCGUUAUUCUGCCUAUUAAAUUCCCACACCUCUUCACAGGUAAGCGCACUCCAUGGAGGGGGAUCCUUCUCUUCGGCCCUCCUGGAACAGGGAAGUCGUACCUGGCCAAGGCCGUGGCCACAGAGGCCAACAACUCCACCUUCUUCUCCAUCUCCUCCUCAGACCUGGUGUCCAAGUGGCUGGGAGAAAGCGAGAAGCUGGUGAAAAACCUAUUCGAGCUUGCCCGAGAGCACAGUCCGUCCAUCAUCUUCAUCGACGAGAUCGACUCUCUGUGCGGCUCCAGGAGCGAGAACGAGAGCGAGGCGGCUCGCAGGAUCAAGACCGAGUUCCUGGUGCAGAUGCAGGGUGUUGGAAACGACAAUAAGGGAAUCCUGGUGCUCGGAGCAACCAACAUCCCGUGGACGCUCGACUCCGCCAUCAGGAGACGAUUCGAGAAGCGUAUCUACAUCCCCCUGCCGGAGGAACACGCCCGCUCCUUUAUGUUUAAACUGCACCUGGGCACCACGCCCAACAGCCUGACCGAUGCAGACUUCGUCACGCUGGGGAAGAAGACGGACGGAUACUCGGGCGCCGACAUCAGCGUCAUAGUGCGCGACGCUCUCAUGCAGCCCGUCAGGAAAGUGCAAUCCGCUACACACUUCAAAAAGGUACGAGGACCGUCCAGAGACAACCCCAACGUCAUCCUGGACGACCUUCUGACCCCGUGCUCUCCAGGAGAUCCUCAGGCCGUCGAGAUGACGUGGAUGGAGGUGCCUGGAGAUAAACUCCUAGAGCCUGUGGUUAGCAUGCCCGACAUGUUGCGAUCGCUGGCCAACACGAAGCCCACGGUGAACGAGCAGGAUCUGGAGAAACUGAGGAAAUUCACAGAGGAUUUUGGCCAGGAGGGUUGAGGAAGCAGCCGAAGCAGCAGGGUCCAGGAUUUGUAAAGUCUUCUCUUCGUCUUCUCUUCCCCCACCCCCCCACUCCUCUUUUCUUCCUGGACUCCUUGUUGGACUGGCGAGUAGAAGGACAGCUCAGAAAGGGCCAGUCUGGAGCCUACAUGAGACCGGAUUUACGUUUAUUAUAAAAGCAUUUUGUUUUCUAAUGUUAGUUAUUCUGUUUUUUUUUGUUUUGUUUUUUAAAAAGCAUUCUCAGUUUCUAUGGAGUCACUACGUCACUGCUGGUUAAAUCAGAAAGGACUUGUCAAAUAUUGAGCACUAAUCCGAAUUGGGCGUCGGGCUGACACUCUUUUCCCCAGAAUUUUCCCAUCUUGAUAAUCGCCAAACUCUAUAUUGCGGUUUACAAUAAUACCAUAUAUCUGUACGCUAUCUGUAUGAGCACGUAGGAAACUCUCCGCCGUGCAAAGGUAGUAACCAUGUUGUGCAUGCUGAAUGUAACAAUGUCUGGGGAUUCCCACAUGCCUGAAUUGUGUCAGUUCGUGGGCGGAGUUUCAGUUCUUACACAAUGAAGCUUUAAAAUCUGGCUGUAGAGAGUCACAGACAUCUUAGAGUUGACGUCACCACAAUCCAGAGAAAAUCAGAUACAGGAUUUUUUUACUUUUUUUUUUUUAUUUAAGAAAAUUUUUGUUAGCUUUUUGCAUCGCGGUAACAUUUUUUUCCUUAUCCUUCAGCGAGAGCCUUCUCAGUGGACGAUUUAUCGCCCCUUUUCUUCUUUGCGCCCUAGUCGACUUCGCCUUUGGGAUUGUGUAACAUCAAUAUUGCACGGCUAGCUCUAACUACAUCACGUUGUGGCGAUUUGUUUAAACAAUAGCUAGCAAGAACGAUCCCAUGACUAUAAAAAAAAAAGUUAAAUAAAUUACCCUGUUGGUUACAAUAACGACUUGUAAGGGGCAAUGCAAGCAAAGAAAAAAAACAUAACAUGGUCGGUUUCCAUGGCAAUUGGUACCAGCUGUCACUGACGAACGGUUGCUAUGGUUUUUGUGAAGAUUUCGUUUAGUACUACGUCGACCUUGCUAAUUUACUUGCUGUCUUAAUCGCUGCCUAUCAUGCUAGUUAGCUGCUUUGUCCAAGUAGCAUGCUAAUUUGUGAACGUUUUUGAAAGUUAGCAAUUACUGUCAGGACAUUGCAUCACACCAGCCUGAUUUCCAGGUCGUCUUUGUUUGUUUUUUGUUUAUUUUUAUUCUCAUGAAGCAUACGUUAACAUGAUCCCUCAGGACUUCUGAGAAAACAAACACAAGCUGAUUAAAAGUAAUGACACCCAAGAUGUUAACUCAAUUGCAGUACACUUUCAUCUUUUUUUGUUAAUUAUGCUAGCUAAUUGUUGUGCUAUGUGUGCUAGCUGAGUAAAGUUGCAAAGUUGUCUUGUACAGAUCAGUUAGAGCUCAGCUACUUAAGGUAGAUUUUGCGUAGUCUGAAAAGGAGCACCGGUUACGAUGAAACAUGACCGGAAACUACAAAGGGGAGUCGACAAGGGAGUGUGGGUGGGCAAAAACCUGGUGAAGGUCACGUGACUGGGAGACAUUCUAUAAAGGAAAAAAACAUGACAUUAUUAUUACACAAUUGGGAAUCUUUAAGUCGUAUAUAUAGAUAUAAAUAUAUUGUAUCUUUUACUUCUUUUUUUUCUCGAAUGGAAAGAUGUUAUUUUUUUGGCCAACAGUUAUAGGAUGUGACGUCAUCUUGCUGCGAUGAACUUGUGCCUUCGAUACCUUUUACUCUUUUUCUUUAUAUUUAAAACAAAACAAAAAAACCCACUUUUUUGUGUGUAAAUCAUAAAUGUUGUUAAACAUUUAUGCACGGCAAAAAAAAAAUUGUAUUUGCACAUUUUUCACUUUACAUCCUUUUUCCCUGUCUGAUCGUAUACAGCUGCUCCUGCACACUUAAGGUGUUGGGUUCUCUAUAGAACAGUCUUUACAUUUUAUCCUGCAUAGUAUUUUUUUUUUUCCUUUUUUUUCUUGUUUAUGUUUAAACAUGACUGUUUAGAACAUUUUUGAUUUCUGAGCUUCUCAUAAGGUUUUGGUGUUUGCUCUUGUACCUCUUUUAUCAUAUACGUGUAAAUAAAAGCUGAGAUUGAAAAAGAA